GGGAGGCGGCGGCUGAGGCGCGGCCACCGACCCGGCGAGGCGGCGGCGCGGAGCCGAGCCUCAGCGCAUCCCCCGGCCGCGCCUUGGGGCCGCAUGUCCCGCCGCCCCGCACUGCACCGCACCGCGCCUCGGCGGCCAUGAGGAGGAGGAGGGCGGCGGCGCUGCUGCCGCUGAGCGCGGGGCCGGGGGCGCCGCUGCGGGGCUCGGCGUCCCGCCGCAGGCACUUGGAAAGUUAUCCAGCGGUGCAGUGCUAAGAUGGCGCUUCGGGAGCAUGGCCGAAGCGGGACUGCCCACCCUGACAUGGAACGCAGCCGAUAACGUGGGAUGCUUGUCUUUGCUUCCGUGUCGGAUAUUAACUGUGGGAGUCUGAUACUUCUCGGCAACUGCUGUCUUUCCUCGGCAUUUGAGCUAGAAACCAAGUAAAGCAAUGAGGAGAUUUGUUUACUGCAAGGUGGUUCUAGCCACUUCUCUCAUGUGGGUGCUUGUGGACGUCUUUUUACUUCUGUACUUUAGUGAAUGUAAUAAAUGUGACGACAAGAAAGAGAGGUCUCUGCUGCCUGCUCUGAGGGCUGUUAUUUCUCGAAACCAAGAAGGACCUGGCGAGAUGGGAAAGGCUGUGCUCAUUCCUAAGGAUGACCAGGAGAAGAUGAAAGAGCUGUUCAAAAUCAACCAGUUUAACCUGAUGGCCAGUGACUUGAUCGCCCUGAACCGCAGUUUGCCCGAUGUGAGGUUAGACGGGUGCAAGACAAAAGUCUACCCCGACGAACUGCCCAACACAAGCGUAGUUAUUGUGUUUCACAACGAAGCCUGGAGUACUCUGCUGCGGACCGUGUACAGCGUUAUCAACCGCUCGCCGCACCGCCUGCUGUCUGAAAUCAUCCUGGUGGACGACGCCAGCGAGAGAGAGUUUUUGAAGGCCUCAUUAGAGAAUUAUGUGAAAAAUCUGGAAGUCUCCAUAAAAAUCAUUCGGAUGGAGCAGAGGUCAGGACUGAUCCGCGCACGGCUCCGAGGGGCAGCAGCCUCUAAAGGGCAGGUGAUAACGUUCCUGGACGCGCACUGCGAGUGCACCCUGGGCUGGCUCGAGCCGCUGCUGGCCAGGAUAAAGGAGGACAGGAAAACCGUUGUCUGCCCCAUCAUUGAUGUGAUCAGCGAUGACACGUUUGAAUACAUGGCUGGGUCAGAUAUGACUUAUGGAGGGUUUAACUGGAAACUUAACUUUCGCUGGUAUCCGGUUCCCCAGAGGGAGAUGGACAGGAGGAAAGGAGACAGGACCUUGCCUGUAAGGACCCCUACUAUGGCUGGUGGCCUAUUUUCUAUUGACAGAAACUACUUUGAAGAGAUAGGAACUUACGAUGCAGGAAUGGAUAUCUGGGGUGGCGAGAAUCUUGAAAUGUCUUUUAGGAUUUGGCAGUGCGGCGGCUCCCUUGAGAUCGUCACCUGCUCGCACGUCGGCCACGUUUUCCGAAAGGCAACGCCUUACACCUUCCCUGGUGGCACGGGGCACGUCAUCAACAAGAACAACAGGAGACUGGCGGAGGUCUGGAUGGAUGAGUUCAAGGACUUCUUCUAUAUAAUAUCCCCAGGUGUUGUUAAGGUGGAUUAUGGUGAUGUAUCCGUCAGAAAAGCGCUAAGAGAAAAUCUGAAGUGUAAACCCUUCUCAUGGUACUUGGAGAACAUCUACCCCGACUCCCAGAUUCCCCGGCGCUAUUUCUCACUCGGUGAGAUCAGGAACGUUGAAACCAACCAGUGCUUAGACAACAUGGGCCGCAAGGAAAAUGAAAAAGUGGGCAUUUUCAACUGCCACGGCAUGGGAGGAAAUCAGGUCUUUUCUUACACCGCUGACAAAGAGAUCCGCACGGACGACUUGUGCCUGGACGUCUCGAGGCUGAACGGCCCCAUCAUCAUGCUGAAGUGCCACCACAUGAGGGGGAACCAGCUCUGGGAAUACGAUGCCGAGAAGCUCACCCUGAGGCACGUCAACAGCAACCAGUGUCUGGACGAGCCCUCGGAGGAGGACAAGAUGGUUCCCACCAUGAGGGAGUGCGGUGACAGCCGUUCCCAGCAGUGGCUGCUGCGCAACAUGACCCUGGGCGCCUGACGCCGGCGCAGACCCGCUGCCUCGGCCGGGAUGGCCUCCUCCUCCUCCUCCCCUCUUCCUCCUCCCCUCCUCCUUCUCCCCUCCUCCUCCCCCCCUCCUCCUCCUCCUCCCCUCCUCCUCCUCCCCUCUUCCUCCUCCCCUCCUCCUUCUCCCCUCCUCCUCCCCCCCUCCUCCUCCUCCUCCCCUCCUCCUCCUCCCCUCCUCCUCCCCCCCUCCUCCUCCUCCUCCCCUCCUCCUUGCCAAGGCCAGUGGUGCUGAAGCCCUCUCCAAACCCCAGCGGUCAGAGCAAGUCAUGGGGAGCUCCCUUGAUGCGGCGGGUCUCCACAUGCCUCUUCAACACCUGUGACUGUUCAAAAGAAGCUCAUCUGAGCCUAUAAAUGUCAAAACAUGCUGUUAUCAAUACAAGUGUGCUCAAAAAUGGUUCCAGAUAAACCUCUAUGAACCCUACAUCGAAGAGGUUGGGAUGGAGGGUGUUUUCUGCGUGUCACACACCACUACAGAGAAGUGACCCAAUAUAAAACGCUUUAUGACAGUAACUGGCACCGGGAACCAUCCUGGCAGGCGUCUCCUGUGCUGGAUGCAUUGGUGCUGGUCUUUCCUGGCAACGUGGUGGGGAUAUUUGCUGUUCUCGCGUGUCGUGUGGGACCCGGUGAAGAACCACAGCAGAGUCGCUAGGCAGAGCGAAAGCUUCGUGAUUUGUGCCAGGGAAAAAACAGGAUCCGGUGUUCGGAAAAGCAGCAAAACUGAGCAAAGGCUGCACUCAGAAACUGAAAUUAAAUCAAAUGAGGCAACAGCAAAAGACGCGGGAAGAAUGUUAAGGAGGAGGAGGGACAGACGUGGGUAACUCAGACCAGUGCAGACUGGAAUGUCCUCUGCAGUGGGAAGAGAAACGGCUGGGGCUGACACCCGGGGAGCUGCCGGGGGGUUGCAGGUGGAGGUACCAAAAGCCGAGACCGCCGGAGACUGAGAGCUGGUCUGAACUCAAUCCCUAGCUGCCACCCUUAAGCAUCAGUGUAUACCUGCAUCCUGUAUACGGCACAAACGAGAGCUUCAUCUGUGGAUCCCCUGCACACAGAGGAUGAAACUGGGUCGACCCUGAGUUCUGGCUCCAGACGUUCUUGCUUCGAUAGCGAUGACAGAUGCUUAUUUAUAUUUUUAAUAAUUUUGUGGCUUAAUCAUUUUGUUAGCGUGGUUAUGAAAAAUGUGCUGAUGGCACGCGGUCGUGUCGGAGGCGUCGCGGGAACUGAUGCCGUGCCGGCCCACGGCGGGGUGUGGGGAAGGGUCCUACGUGUACGGGUGACGUUUCCUAUACGUACUGGUGACAUUUCCUAUAUGUACUGGUGACGUUUCCUUCAGUGACCCCAGCAGCACGCGCUCCCCAAGACGCGUCUGUUGCACGACGGGCUGGGCUGGGUUGGGUUUUCGGCACUAGUCUGACCCCCCAUUGCCCAGAGGGUUCAGGAGACCUAAAUCCCGGGGCAGCAGCCGCAGCGUAAUUUCAGCACGGGUAAGUGGUGAAAUGGUUUCCCGUUAUUUCACUCACAGUUCCUCAAAAGGUCUGUUUAUGCACUAGGUCAUGAAAAAUGACAGUAUUUUCUGUAUAAUGCUCUGGUUGUUACGGAUUAAUGGUAUCAUAUAUAUGUACGUAUUAUGAAUUUAGAGAUCGUCCAUAUUUUCUUGAUACACGUCAUUAAAUGAAAAUCAGAAGGAUAUUACAUUGGAAGAGUGAUUGCUGUGCAUGCGUGGGAGCUAGAAUAUCCCGGAUUAACUCACGCUGGAAGCUCAUCUAGUCCAGCCUCCCUGCUCAAAGUAGGGUCAAACACUCCCAGUUCUCCUCUCCAGAUCACCACAAAAGUACACACUAUGGCUUAAAAGCUGGCAAAACAGGACAAGGCUGUAAUUCUUCAUAGAAAGAGCACGCAAAGAUCGUGAACAAAUUUAACACCAGUCUCCACACAGGAAAAAAAAUGAUAAAUUGUUUCUUCACCUCCCUUCCACGGACUUCCCACCCGUGCCGGCAGGUCAUCCAGGCACUCGGCUUUUGCAUGUCGUUGCAGAAGUAAAUGUUGUGGAAGGUCCUCCGGCAUCCCGGAGCGUUAGGAGAGGGCAGCUGGUGGUGCCAUCUCUUCUGGGUGCCGCCGGUCUUGCUCGGGAGGUCCCCCGGGCCGCGAAGGGCGAAGGCUGCCGCGUCUCCUACGCCGCCCUGUUCAGGCCGCGAGGUUUUCCUGGCGUCGCAGCUGGAAGGCGAUGGCGAGGUGCCGUCCGUGGGCGGCUGCCUAGGGGUGAAGUGCCAUCUCACACACCAGGUGAAGAAGAGUAUUUUUCUCCUUAGAAUCACCGUACAGGUUGAUACUCUUGUGAAGUGUCUGAUCCCGUGACUGAGAUAGCAGGCGUGCAGCGGUUGGCUUUGGGCAGUGCCUGCACUGCUCUGUCCCCGCUUGGCGGGGAAAAGAAGGGAAAUGCCUCUGUGUUUAAUUGUACUUAUUUAGGAGCAACACGCGCAUCCCUGGCGGGCGGAGCUGAGGUACUGCCGUAGGCCUGCGCGCUGGCAGGACGGCCUGACUGCUGGGAGUUACGCUCAGACCUAGACAAAAGCACUGAAGUACCCGAUUAACUUCAGUCGCGGCAAGUAUUUCCGCGGGCUUCGAGGGUCCGGACCCCGGGAUUACCUCCUCGGUGAGGAUACAGGCGCCCCACGAGUCUCGCUGCGGAGGGCUUUCACGCAAAGCCUCACGCGCGGAGCGCGGGGUGGUGAUGGUGAGGGUGCCCGAACUGCUGACACGGCAUCGGGGUGGUAAAUGGUGGGGGUUAGCGGAUGAGUGGAAGUUAGUGCACGCGCGGACCCCGGCCCUUCCUCCGGCCACUGACUUCGGGUGUUGCCUUGCCAAGUCAGUUGGGCUAAAUUCAUUUAAAAUCGCUCGUUCGGUUGCCGCUUGGCAAGUGUCUGGAGUUCAGUGCCCAGAACGGGCCACAGCCAAAAACCAUCAGCUGGUCUUUGUUCCCCCACUCAUAAAAUGUCUCAGAAAGGCGUCGGGAGGAUUGACUUCUGUUUGCACAAUGCGCUUAAAAUAUAAAGAGCUCUACAAACGCUGAAUAUUUAUUGUUUUCGCUGGAAAAGCGGUGCUGGUUCUGGUAUGUUUUCAAGGCUGGCGUUGAAUGAAACGAGAGCGGGCUGAAAUGCUGGGUGGCGUCAGCAAAGCGAACGAUUUGAAGAGUGAGUUGAACCAUAAACGCUGUAAAAAGCCGUGUUGCUUUUUCUCUCCCGGCACCUUCUGGUGACCCCCGGAGGCAGGGGAAGCCGGGCGCAACCCCAGACCCCCAAACGGGCGUUGGGAUCAGUUGGGUCGGUGGGUUGCUCUACCCAUGCGCGUUCCCCAGCCACUGGGAGGAUUUAGUUAUUUGUUGCACUUGAACGAACAGCGCUUUGAAGAAAAGCUGCGAAACGCCACGUUCUGGUUGUUUUUAUCUGAAAGCAGAGAUCCCAGCCCUCGGGCUGCGUCUCGGGGGGGGGCUGCUGGGCAGAGCCUGACACGGGGCGAUUCUCAGGAGGUCAGAGCUAUUGAACAGACCGGAACAAUUUGGGGAGAUAAAGGAGCUGGGCAGUGCCGGCGGGCGCCGCAGCCCGCCCGUGACAGAUCGCAUCGUGUUGGGUAGCUGGUGAGGCUACACCCCGCGCAACCCGCCGCUGGCUGCGAGCUCCCGCGCGACCGGCCGUGUUGAAUGAACACCAGCAACGUGUUCUGCUGCUUCAGUGGCUUUCCGUGUCCGCGCUUACCCUCCGACCUCUAAUAACGUCCAGCCGGAACCGUUGCUCCGAUCCGUGGCCGCCCCCCGUUGUGUUUUAUUUCACCCCCCGCGAGCGCGUGUUCAGGAGAGCUCGGCAAGCGGUGCCUCGCGAAAAGGCCGCCGUACUCUGAGAUAACGCAGUUUAUUUGGAAAAAAAAAAAAGUUGGAAUCCUGCUCGGUAUUUCCCGAAGCAGGAAAAAAAAAUGGCUGAGGUGCGGCGGUUCGGAGGCCACGCUUACAAAGGCUCCUGAAUAAGUGCCGGGAACACAAAUUUGAAUUUAUAAAAGUAGGUUGUGGAUAAAGAAUUACACAUUUUAAAUGUCGUAAUAGUUAUUAAAUGGCAUACUGGUACUCUUUGCUGUACAUUUAAAUAUUUAUACAUUUUUGUAGAAUUAAAAUAUACUGGUUUAGUUUUC